GAUAAGUGUGGUGUUAUUAUUGUGAACCCUGGAUGAGGGCGCAGUUGUGAGUUUGAGUGACGGAGACGAGCGCCUUGUGUGGAGGGAGGAGAGCGCGCGAGAAACGGACACGGAUGGAGAUGGAGCGAUAGGAUGUUGAGGCGACAGACGUAUGACUGAACUUAAGCAAGCUGGUCCACCGUAUGUUGAAAAGAAUGCCAAUAUAGGUGUUGUGAAUGAAAGAAGAGGGCUUCUCGCUUGGAUGGACGUGUUUUGAGAGGUGUGGUGGAGGGAUGAAGGCGGUGUUGGCAUCCAGACGGCAGCGGCUCUUCUAUCGGCUCUUCAUAUGUGCAGUCGGGCUCAUCGCAGUCACCUGCUUCGCUCAAAUUCUUCAUGUAACAGCCCAUUCCAAAGAGGAUUCGGACUUGACCUGGGCCCGGCGUAAACUAACCCAGCAGAUCAUAGAGGAGAACCAGACAUCAAGUUCACCCAGAGCUGCUAUUCAUGAAUUUCCUGAGGACAUCUUCACUAAGGGACAGAGGAGGCAUGGGGCAAUUCUACUGCAUGUGUUUUGUACGGUUUACAUGUUUUAUGCCCUUGCUAUUGUCUGCGACGUCUACUUUGUCCCCUCUCUGGAAAAAAUUUGUGAGAAUCUGCACCUCAGUGAGGAUGUUGCAGGUGCCACUUUCAUGGCAGCAGGAAGCUCCGCCCCUGAGCUUUUCACUUCUUUGAUUGGUGUGUUCAUCACCAAGGGAGACCUGGGGUUGGGAACUAUUGUGGGAUCAGCGGUCUUCAACAUCCUGGUCAUCAUCGGAGUUUGUGGAAUAUUUGCUGGACAGACCAUCACUCUGACCUGGUGGCCGCUCUUCCGUGACUCUAUCUACUACAUACUUUCUGUGUUGGCCUUGAUUCUGAUCAUAUAUGAUGAAAAAGUAAUUUGGUGGGAGACUAUAAUGCUUAUAUCAAUGUAUGGAGUUUACAUCCUUAUCAUGAAGUUUAACAGUCAGAUUUGGGGCUGGGUGGAGCAGAGGUUUGGUAUUCCAGGUCAGCCGUGUUUGGUGAGCAGUCUGCGCAGAGAUGUGUCGGUAGGAGAGGCGAGCUCACACUGUGACACCUCCAUGAUCCUCUUGAAGAAAGGUCAGGAUGCGGGUGGCCAGGACUCCCCGGUGGUGAUGGUGGAUGAGAUGAUGAGUCUACACCCUCACCAGUUCUCUUUCUCAGAGGCAAGCCUCCGUGUCAUGAUCACGCCCCACUUCUCCCCCCGCACUCGCCUCAGCAUGGCCGGACGCAUGCUCAUCACCGAGAGGCAGAGACUGAUUAGAAACAGGAGCCCUGGAGACAGCAGUGGCAGCGGAGCAGGGGACACUCCUGGCCAAGAUGGUCCAGGCAUGGAGGGGGUUCCUUGGGGUCUGGAGAACGGAGGGGCCCUUGAGAGUGAAACACAACCCCUGGAGGAACCCAGACCGAGGGGCCAAGGAGGAGAGUUAAAACAAGUAGCAGACAUAGAGGACACACAACCUAAAGAUGAGGAGGAAGAAGAGGCAGAUGAAGAACAACACUUCAGACCUUUUACUGUGCCAGAGGGGCGCUGGGAGCAAGUGAAGUGGGCGCUGUCAUGGCCCUUAGGCUGCCUUCUGUACUACACUGUCCCCAACUGUGUUUUGCCCCGCUGGGAGCGCUGGUUCAUGGUAACCUUUGUGGCCUCUACACUCUGGAUUGCCGUGUUCUCCUACCUCAUGGUGUGGAUGGUCACCAUUAUCAGUUUCACACUGGACAUUCCAGAUGUUGUCAUGGGUAUUACAUUUCUAGCAGCAGGCACCAGUGUCCCAGACUGCAUGGCUAGUCUCAUAGUUGCCCGUCAAGGUAUGGGAGACAUGGCGGUGUCUAACUCGAUUGGCAGCAACAUCUUCGAUAUUCUACUGGGUCUCGGUUUCCCAUGGGCACUGCGGACUCUAGUGGUUGAUUAUGGGUCAACUGUCUUCAUUAACAGUAAGGGGCUGGUGUACUCGGUGAUUCUUCUCCUUGCUUCUGUUUUUCUCACUGUACUGAGCGUGCACCUGAACCACUGGAGGCUGGACCGGAGGCUCGGCCUCGGGCUUCUGUUUCUGUAUGCCAUCUUCCUGCUCUGCUCCAUCUGCUUUGAGAAACUCUAGAUCCCACUUUCCAUGUUUUGCUUAGCUGUAGGGUAGAUCUAGACCUAGAUAAUCAUAUUUUACCCCCAGUCACUGCCUUAUUAGUAGCGGUUAUUCCAGCCAUGGUUUGAGGCCAGAGUAGUGAACGUUACACUGUGAAGCGUGACUCUGCUUCGGUCGGUUCUACACACGGCUUUAAGCCAGUCACCCACUCACUACACAGUGCUGCCAAACUGAAGGAGACUGUCCUUCAUACUGUACCUCUGAAACAUUUCUUAGCACUCAGAGCUUCUUAAAGAGUUUUAAUUACAAGGUGUGAUGAAUUUAUACAACUGGUAUUAAAUGUUUACAGCAAACAGGAGACUUUCUCUAGGCUCGGCUUUUGCAUAUUUCUAUUCUGAAAUCUUAUAGUCACAAGCAAGCGUGAUAUGAAGAAAAAUAUGUCACUGCAAAAGUGUUAAUACUUAAAAGAAUUCUAUUAACUGUUGUUAAAUUCAAUUUAUUGCAUUACUUUGCCUUUUUUAUUUUUGACUUUAGGUCUGUAAAAGUUAGUGCUAAGGAUUUUCCUGUUUCAGUAUAAUUAAGAGCAGUUUGUUUGUUCCUUGAAAAAGAAAAUAUUCUGGUAUUUUGGAAGGCAUUUCUUGUAGUAUUACUGAUUAGCCAAAAACAUCCCCUGUCUUUGGUAAGUGUUUACGUUCCAAACAUAAAUAGUUUUAUAUAAAGUGUAACUUUAUAUAGAGGUGUCUGUUGCAGAUUUUGAUAUGUUGUAAUGAAAUUACUUUUGUGCUCUACUGCACUACUAUGAAUAUGAACAUGAGAAAAUAACAAUCAAUUAAAUCUUUAACAAUGUUUAGCCAUUAUUCACAAAGAACUGCUUUAUACACAGGCUUUGUCAUUUUAAAUGCACCAAAUGAAGAGUUUGGUAUCACAAUAUAGUUAUUAUUAUUAUUUUUUAUUUUUUUCAACCAUCGUAUAUUGCAUACUGUCUACAGGUCAGAUGAUGAAUUAUAAUGUGUAUAUAUAUAUAUAUAUAUAUAUAUAUAUAUAUAUAUAUAUAUAUAUAGAUAGAUAGAUAGAUAGAUAGAUAGAUAGAUAGAUAGAUAGAUAUAGAUAUAGAUAGACAGAUUAUGUUCAUAAUCAAAGGCUUCCACUGUUUGAGCAGAAAUUAUUUGGUUAAUUCUUGUACAGCAGUGUUUUAAUUGUUGUAAAGUUAUCUGUAAAGUUAUUUUAGACAUUUGACAUCUUAUUCUGUUUAUAAAUGCUUAAUUUUUUUGUUCUGUUGUAUAUUUAUUUUUUUUAAAGACGUAUUUAAGUAAGACCCACACUGAUUUUUUUUUUUUUUUUUUUUUUUUGUGGUUUGCAACUCUCUACUAAUGAGCAAAAUGUAAAUUAUUUAAUUUGUCUAGAAGAUUUUCAUCUUACCACUCGCAAUAAAGAGUGUUAAUUAAAUUGAUGUGAAAAAAUGAAUAGUAAAUGACAAGUUACAGCCGGAUUGAGUAAACUGAAUGUUUCAGUUGAACAACUUCCUGUUUGUUUUCGUUUUAGAAGUAACAAUGAAGCAGCUCAUUACCGUUUGUUACAGUUCUGUCUGUCUUCUUAAAGAUUGUUGAGUGCAAUAAAACAAGGUCUGUGCAAUACCCCAGA